AUGUUGCUGCUUCUAAUUCUGACAACAUUUACGUCACUUUUUGGUAGGAUUGUGCAAUCAUUGUGGUCUAUUUUAGAUGAACCAGAAAUAGAUUGUGCGCAGGGUAUGAUAACAGUGCAUGUGCGAACACUUUCUCGGAAACCGUCGUACAUCUUUGCCAAGGGUCAUUUCCAUAAAGAGGGCUGUCACUUCAAAAAUACCACUCGAGCAACUUUCCACUUCGAAAAUUGCAACGUGAAUCCCAAAGGAAUGGCUUAUUCUUUGACUGUCAUAAUUCAGCUUCAUCCGCUUUUUAUCACAAAAGUUGACCGAGCUUAUCAUGUGCGAUGCUUUUAUAUGGAAGAAAACAAAGCGGUGGAUGCUUCGUUACAUGUCAGUGAUUUGACGACAUCAAUGCUUGAGUCAGGUCAUGCAAUGCCUCAGUGUUCUUAUACACUGCAUCGAGACUCUCCUAACGGGCCGGUACUGCGAUAUGCGAGAGUAGGUGACACCGUAUUCCAUGUUUGGGACUGUCCAUCUGAUGUUUACGCAAUGCUUAUUCAUACUUGCUUCAUAUUAGAUGGUCAAGGCGGGGAGCACAAAGUCAUCGAUGAGAACGGG